AUGGCACAUCUUGCAGCCACAUAUCGACAUCUAGGAAAAUACACAGAAGCAAAGAAACUGGAUAUCCAAGCUCAGAAAAUAAAGAAUAAAGUUCCUGGAGCAGAAUCUCCCCUUAUGAAUUCUAGGGAAAAAGUGCAUUCUCUGACCAAUCUUGCCAAGAGGAUUUAA